UUCCAAAGUGCGGGGAUUACAAGCAUGAGCCGCCAUGCCUGCCCUCUCAAAAGCCUCCGUUUCUCUUACAGAAGGAUGUUAACACUGCUCUGCACCCAACCCCCGACCCCCAACUCCACACUCUUCCUUGAGUGCUGUAAGAAUUAAAAUAAGUGAAUGUGAAAGGCUUUGACAAGAGAGAAACUGCUAUGCAAAUGUGAGGUGACUGAAACCCCCUUUGUUUAAAAAAAGGACUUUUCAAGAAAGACUCGCUGAACUUUUUCAAGGCUCGAAAGUUCCGUAUAUGCUUUCACCUUUUUCUUUGGAAGUUACUCCAGAAUGUAUACCUUACUUCCCAGAAGCCUAAAAGAGCUGUCGCCCAACACAAUGUAAUCCUCAAAACAAGGAAAAGGGCACACAGCAUGGCAGAAAACCGAGAGCCCCGCGGUGCUGUGGAGGCUGAACUGGAUCCAGUGGAGUACACCCUUAGGAAAAGGCUUCCCAACCGCCUGCCCCGGAGGCCCAAUGACAUUUAUGUCAACAUGAAGACUGACUUUAAGGCCCAGCUGGCCCGCUGCCAGAAGCUGCUGGACGGAGGGGCCCGGGGUCAGAACGCCUGCUCUGAGAUCUACAUUCACGGCUUGGGCCUGGCCAUCAACCGCGCCAUCAACAUCGCGCUGCAGCUGCAGGCAGGCAGCUUCGGGUCCUUGCAGGUGGCUGCCAAUACUUCCACCGUGGAGCUUGUUGAUGAGCUGGAGCCAGAGACCGAUACACGGGAGCCACUGACUCGGAUCCGCAAUAACUCCGCCAUUCACAUCCGAGUCUUCAGGGUCACACCCAAGUAAUUGAAAAGACACUCCUCCACUUAUCCCCUCCGUGAUGUGGCUCUUCGCAUGCUGAGUACUGGAUCUCGGACCAGAGCCAUGUAAGAAAAGGCCUGUUCCCUGGAAGCCCAAAGGACUCUGCAUUGAGGGUGAGGGUAAUUGUCUCUUGGUGGGCCCAGUUAGUGGGUCUUCCUGAGUGUGUGUGUGUGGUCUGUAACUAUUGCCAUAUAAAUAAAAAAUCCUGUUGUACUAGUGUCCUGCCACCC